AUGUCUUUCUACGAGUGCAAGGAUACCAUUGAAGAAGGUGACCUAGUACUUGCUUUCGUCAGCAGAGGCCUUAUAAAGCCUUUUUAUGUCACCAAAGGUGAAUUCUUGAACACGAGGUUCGGUAACUUCGAACAUGACAGAAUGAUAGGCAUGAAGUAUGGUUCCCAGAUGGCUGGUGCCAGAGAUAAGGGAUUCGUCCAUCUUCUUCAGCCUACGCCUGAACUCUGGACCAUUUCGUUGCCACACAGAACACAGAUUGUCUACACGCCAGAUUCGUCUUACAUUGUGCAAAGACUAGGCAUCACCAACGGCUCCAGAGUUAUAGAAGCAGGUACUGGCUCUGCCUCGUUCACACACGCUUUUGCAAGAACAGUUGCUGAAGACGGUAGACUCUUUACAUACGAGUUCCAUGAACCUCGGUACCUAGAGGCCAAGAAGGAAUUGGAGGAGCACGGUCUUCUCCAGGUAAACACCAUCGCUACGCAUCGCGAUGUGUGCAAUGGAGGAUUUGAAAUCGCCGACCUUCCAGAAAAGUUUACCCAAAAUGACUCUAUUGACGCAGAUGCCGUGUUCCUUGAUUUACCUUCGCCAUGGACAGCCAUCCCACAUUUGCCCAAAGUCGUUUCUAAGACUUCCAGAGUGGGUAUCUGCUGCUUCAGCCCGUGCAUAGAACAAGUGGAUAAGACGAUAGAAGCGCUUGAAGCUAACGGCUGGACGGGGAUUGAAAUGGCAGAAAUCGCUGGUCGCAGGUACGAGGCCAGGAAGGAGAUGGUCAAGGACCUUGGAGAUGUGGUGAAGAGACUUAAAGACAUUCAAGGCAGAAAGACGCUGGGUAUAGAAAGCAGAAGGCUUGCCAGGGUAGGAGACAAAAGGAAGGAAAACCAGGGGGUUAAAAGAGAAAUUGACGAGGUUGAAAGCGACGAAACGGCUCUGCCAGACCCAAAGCCCAAGGGAUUCAACCCAUUCGGUAAAGGUAUGAGAAUCAGAGAGGGAGACGACCAGUUCCAGUGGAAGCAGGUGACGAAAAUCGAGCCAGAGAUUAAAACUCACACUUCCUACCUCACGUUUGCGUACCUCCCAGUCCUCGAUCAAGGUACCGGGUUUGUCAAGAUUGGCCGGGCCGGCACUAAUUUCCCCGACCACACCUUCCCUUCGCUUGUCGGUAGACCAAUCUUAAGAGCUGAGGAGAGAAAUGCGUUGGUUCCUGACAACAUUGAAAUCAAAGACAUAAUGUGCGGUUCUGAGGCCAGCGAGGUCAGAUCGCUAUUGCAGAUAAGCUAUCCAAUGGAGAAUGGUAUCAUCAAGAACUGGGAGGAUAUGGAGCACUUGUGGGACUAUGCUUUCUACGAGAAGAUGAGAACUCCUACUGAGGGCAAGAAGAUUUUGUUGACUGAGCCUCCUAUGAACCCAUUGAAGAACAGAGAGACUAUGUGCGACGUUAUGUUUGAAAAAUACCAGUUUGGUGGUGUCUACGUGGCCAUCCAGGCUGUGUUGGCUUUAUAUGCUCAAGGUUUGAGUUCUGGUGUUGUGGUGGACUCUGGUGAUGGUGUUACACAUAUUGUUCCAGUCUACGAGUCGGUUGUUUUGAACCACUUGACCAGAAGAUUGGACGUGGCUGGUAGAGAUGUCACCAGAAACCUCAUCAACUUGUUGUUGCGCAGAGGUUACGCUUUUAACAGAACUGCUGAUUUUGAAACCGUUCGUCAGAUAAAGGAAAAGUUAUGUUACGUUUCUUGCGACUUGGCUUUGGACACGAAAUUGGCCACGGAAACUACCACUUUGGUUGAAUCCUACGAAUUGCCAGAUGGCCGUGUUAUCAAGGUUGGUUCGGAGAGAUUCGAAGCCCCUGAGUGUUUGUUCCAACCUAGUUUGGUCGAUGUCGAGCAGCCUGGUGUGGGCGAGACAUUGUUCAACACCAUCCAAGCUGCCGACGUUGACAUCAGAUCCUCUCUCUUCAAGGCCAUUGUGUUGUCUGGUGGUUCUUCUAUGUAUCCUGGUUUGCCUUCCAGAUUAGAGAGAGAAAUUAAGCAGUUGUGGUUAACGAGAGUGUUGAAGGGUGACCCAGAGAGAUUUGACAAGUUCAAGAUCAGAGUGGAGGACCCUCCAAGAAGAAGACACAUGGUGUUCAUUGGUGGUGCUGUGUUAGCUAACAUUAUGUCUGACAAGGACCACAUGUGGAUUUCCAAGCAGGAAUGGGAGGAGCAAGGUCCAAGGGUGUUGGAGAAGUUGGGCCCACGUUAA